AUGCCUGUUAUCACUACUGAGGAGGCGGCUGCUGCUACUGUGACUACUGAUAAUACGCCUGUUAUCACUACUGAGGAGGAGGAAGCGGCUGCUACUGUGACUACUGAUAAUACGCCUGUUAUCACCACUGAGGAGGCGGCUGCUGCUACUGUGACUACUGAUAAUACGCCUGUUAUCACCACUGAGGAGGCGGCUGCUGCUACUGUGACUACUGACAAUACGCCUGUUAUCACCACUGAGGAGGCGGCUGCUGCUACUGUGACUACUGAUAAUACGCCUGUUAUCACCACUGAGGAGGCGGCUGCUGCUACUGUGACUACUGAUAAUACGCCUGUUAUCACCACUGAGGAGGCGCCUGCUGCUACU